AUGGGUGCCGCUUACUAUCCAGGCCGUCAUCUGUCUACUCGUGAACUUGCCAAUGGAUGCUGCCUUCUUCUCGCGGGAUCCUUGGCCGAUUUCAUGGGCAACCGAAUGAUCAAUCUAAUUGGAUGUUUCUUACUAAGAACCUUCACUCUGGCUUGCGGUGUAGCUCAAAACGGUAUACAGCUGAUUCUGUUCCGCACUUUUCAAGGCAUCGCAACCUCUAUGUGCCUGCCUACGGCAUUUAGUAUAUUGACCGACUCCAUGCCAGUGGGUAAACGACGAAAUAUCGGAUUUGCCUGCCUUGGGCUGGGACAGCCGUUUGGUUUCUCAGUAGGAUUGGUUUUUGGUGGGCUUUUCCAAGAAACUUCUCUCAAGUGGAGAUUUGGGUAUUACCUCUGCGCUGGUGUCACCAUGGGCUUGGCCGUGGUGAACUUUUUCAAAUUGCCGAAAGAUUCCGCGAGAGAACCGUUCACGUUUGGAAGACUUCGCCGCGAGAUUGAUUGGAUGGGAAUCUUCCUGUCCAGUUCUUCCUUGGGGAUGAUCUCUUAUGUGUUUGCCGCCAUCACUGAUAGCCCAUCAAAUAUUCACAAGGCUGAAAAUAUUGUCCUCCUCUGUGUGGCAACAGUUAUGAUGCCCGCAUUUCUAGGUUGGAUGAAUUGGCGCGAGAAGAUCGGAAAGCCGGCUUUAAUCCCGAAUUCGCUUUGGCAAAAUACCGCAUUCAGCUCUAUCUGUAUCAUGGUUCUGUUCUCAUGGGCUGUGCUAAACGGCAUGGAGACUAUUCUCAGUCUAUUCUUUCAAGAAGUUCAAGACCUGCCUGCCAUUCAAGCGGCCCUUCGAUUCCUCCCCAGCAUUAUAAGCGGCAUCGCCCUCAAUCUUGGAACUGGCUUACUGGUGCAUCGUCUUCAUGCGAAUUACCUAGUGCUAGUCACCUCAGUUCUCAGUGCAGGAUCCCCACUUCUAAUGGCCAUCAUUGACCCCGAGUGGUCUUGGUGGUAUUGUGCCUUUUGGGCUAUGCUGCUGGGACCCCUCUCGGCAGACGUCAUCUUUACUGUGGCAAAUUUAAUUAUUACGGACGCCUUCACGCCCAAAACCCAGGGCCUGGCUGGCGCGGUCUUCAACGUUGUUGCUCAGUUUGGAACCUCCAUUGGACUUACCAUUUUUGCCAUCAUCUCUGUUGGUGUGACACAAGGUUCUUCAUAUGAAAACAAAAAGUCACCCGAAGCGCUCAUGUUGGGCUACCGCGCUGUAUUCUGGACUUGUUUCGGAUUGAUGAUGGCUGCAUGUUGCUUUGGCGCCUGGGGACUACGCAAAGUUGAGAAGGUUGGUUUGAAGAGGGAGUGA